AUGUCGCCGAAUCGCCAGCUCUCCUACUCAUCCGCUCGACACCCGACAAAGAUCCAAGAGGUCUUUGUCGGGAUGGCCUUCCACUUCCACCCAGCCAAGGGCGACAGCAAAGGUGGAAGUUCUGCUGACGAGAGCAAGGGCAAGGAGGGGGAUAUGGAGUACACCAUGGUACUGCAUGAUGGGACUGGUGUGAUGGAGUCGGAGACGUUCCAUCGGGACUUUGAAUCGCACAAGGGGGAAGAGGCGCGAGCGAAAGCUGCGGCGGAUUUCGCGGAGGAGGUGUUGGUGCGAUUGAUAGAUGUGCAAGAGAAGCAGAAGAUGGAUCCUCUUCCUGAAGAGCUCAAGCACCUCAAGGGCUUGGAAUUCGCUGCGACGGUCUGGCUGCAUCUAGAUGCUAUCCCGUUUGUCAUCGCCGCCCCUACCGCUAUGUUCACUGGCCUGCCCGCGCUGGCGACGGACACAACGGCUACCGGCGCAAUAAGCAGCGCACUCAAGUAUCUGCACCCAGCCACACAUAGUGCCACCACGGUCGAUACGGAUCCUAAGGACCACCAAGUACUGGUCGAUUGCGAUGGGAAUGUGACGUUGUGCAGCUUGCUGCAAUACCAAGAGAGCACAUCCCCUGAGCUCUGGAAACGCUUCCUCGCCCUCUCAGCACAUCACAAAUCCCACCACACCACCAUCGCCUUCUUCUCCGCCACGCCUCAAGGCGGUGGAGUCGCCCUUAUGCGACAUGCGCUCAUCCGUCUCUGGCGGCUGGUCGGUCUUGACGUCAAGUGGUACACUCCCGAAGGUCAUCCAGCGAUCUUUGAUAUCACCAAGCGGAAGAUCCACAAUGUGCUGCAGGGCGUGGCGGACGAAGGGGAGGAGAUGAAUGACGAGGAUAAGAAAUCGUUCGAGGCAUGGACCGAGCAGAACUACGAGAAGUUCUGGACGCAGGGCGCAAUCGAUGCGGAUCUCAUCAUCAUUGACGAUCCUCAACUGACCGCGCUUGUUCCCAUCAUCAAGAAACAUCGGCCAGAUGCCAAGAUUAUCUUCCGCUCCCACAUCCAAAUACAAUCUGCUUUGACCGACGACCCUUCUACCCCUCAAUACCGGACUUGGAACUAUCUCUAUAACUUCAUCAAGGAUAUCGACCUCUUCUUGGCUCAUCCGGUCAAGGAGUUUGUUCCCGAGAACGUCAGGGAGAAGCUUCCUGUACUCUAUAUGGCCCCUUCAACCGAUCCACUUGACGGCCUGAACAAGCCGUACGGGACAGCAUCGGUCCAGUACUUCCGGCAAUACUUCAACCACUUUGCGUCGGAGCAAGGCGGAAACACGAUCGACUGGGACAGGGGUUAUAUCUGCCAGAUCGCCCGAUUUGAUCCCUCCAAGGGUAUUGACGUCCUGCUCGAAGCAUACCUCCAGUUCCGGCAAGCGCUCGAGAAGCUUGAUUCGCCACCCGAGAAUGGCGGGCCGCAGAUGAUCAUCAUGGGUCAUGGUAGCGUGGACGAUCCGGACGGGACGAGGAUCUACGAAGAGAUCCAUAAGACAUUGGACAAAGACGAGUAUGAGCUGGUGACGACCGAUGUAGCGGUCGUUCGUGCGCCUCCGAGUGACUCUAUACUGGGGUGUAUCCUGCAGGGUGCCUGGGUGGUAACUCAGCUUUCGACUCGGGAAGGUUUCGAGGUCAAAGUCACCGAAGCCAUCAACAUGCGCGUCCCUAUCAUCGCCUCCGACGCAGGCGGGAUCCCCCUCCAGGUCAAAAACGGCGAGAACGGCUGGAUCGUACCUUCCGGCGACUCCAAAGCCGUCUCUUCCCUCCUCAUGGACAUCUACACCGGUAAAGAGAAGAUCAAGCGGGACAUCUCGUCCGACCAAAAACUCGACAACAAGGACAACGCCGAGUCGGACAAACAGGACGGCAGCAAGUCUGACCCGAACGCCUUUGCCGAGGCGUUCGUACGUGACUUUAAGCGGCCGAUGAUCCCCAUCAAGGCGGACAAGGCGUCGACGUCCGAGGACUUCUGGACAGUCGGGAAUGCUACCAAGUGGAUGUUGCUCACGAGUCGGGUGCUGGGCCUGGGGAUCGAUGCGGGGCAGGAUGGGGGAAAGGGGACUCGGGCGUUAUUGCAGGAGAUGGGAGUGGGGAAGGCGCUGGAGCGCAAGGAAGAGAAUGUGUGGAAGAUCGUAAUGGGUGGGGAUCUGGUUGAAGGGGAGGGUGCGAUCAGGGAGCAUCAGUAA